AUGAAGUCGUUGGCGGCCAGGGCAAUAGUGCUGGUGCCAAAGCUUGGUGCACACCGCAGCGUGCGAUUGCUGACUGCCCUUGCGAAGCUCGCUUUCCACAAAAGCAGCCAGCUGACUUGCUUGACUGAGAGUCUUCAGGAAAGCCUAGAGCUGCUUCAUCCGCGAAUGGGUGCGCAAGAAGUUGGAAUCAGCGCUUGGGCCCUGGCAACUUUGAAGCCGCGAGGCUGGAAAAGACUCCUCGGGAGACUGGUUUCUCGAGCAUCAGAUGACUCAGUGCUGCCUGACUUAACUUGGUGGUCCAUAGCACACUUGGAAUUUGCGAUCAGGGCUGCGUUGCAGAAGGCACCCAACUGCAAGCCGCUCGCAGCUGCUCCUGAGUUACUACAACUGUUAACGCAUCGAUGCGAAGAGGAAGUCGAGCAGAUCCAAGAAGCAAGCCGUGUUUUUCAAGACGCCCCUCUGGUUGCUGCUGCAGCCUGCGAACCGUGGGGGAGGUUCAAGUGUGCAAGUGGAAAAACUGCCCUUGUUUUUGGACCUGGGCGCCACAUUCGUCGCUCUCUGCAGAGAAGCGGCUUUGAAGUGACGCAGUGGUACCGGUAUGCCUUGGGCAUGAAAAAGGCACAAGCAUGGCCUCCUUCUGGUGUCUUCGAUGCCGCGGCAAUGAAGUACCCCGACUCUUACGAAGCCUUCGAGUAUGCCUUACACGCUGUAGCUGCAUCUUUGCCUCUGGGGGCUCCAACCUGGGUCUACGGAGAUGUGCAGGAAGGAGUUCUCAGCACAACCAGGGCAAUCAAAGGGCUAUUCAAUCUGUUAGAGAUACAAGAGGAUGGAGAUGCCAGGGUCGUGUUUUUGCAGAGAACCAAUGGGCAGGCUCGUGCUUGCCUGGAGUCUUGGUUCAAAGAAGACACAGUGACCCUUGCUACAACUGCUCGCAAGUGGUGGUCCAUGCCAGGGCUUUUUGCAGGUGGCUUUGUAGACGUGAUGUCGAGGUUUCUGUUGGAUACUAUGGAGAAGGUUUGGAACACUGAGUCCUCCGAGCGGCCAGGAUGGUCCAGCUCGCGGCAACGCAAAGUACUUGACUUCGCCAGCGGGACCGGGGUGCUGGCAGCAGGGCUAUCAUCACUGCUUCCUGGCAAGACUGAAUUGUGGCUGAUAGAUGCUGAUUCGGUAGCACUGCAGGCUGCCAGCAAGAAUUUGCCAGAUGCCCAUACAGUGUUGGCUGAUGGUUUCAAGGGUGUGCAAACCGCAGACAAACCCCUACAACCCUGUCAUCUGAUAGUGUCCAACCCGCCGGUUCAUCAGGGUCAUGCUGAUGACCUGCGAGUUUUGAUUGAGCUGUUGGAACAAGCACCUGAUUGGUUGCUGGAAGAUGGCGAAAUGUGGCUUGUGACACAGGAGCACAUUCCCACAGGGCGUCUUUUCGAUAUGGCCACAGGAAGCCACUUGAAGUGCGAGAUUACCACCUAUGCCACAGAGGAUGGUCGUUUUGUCGUAUGGCGAGCAACAUACCAGCCGGCUUCCCGAAAGCGAAGGCUUGAGACCGACACGGAGUGGGAAAGCGCCAAGAACAGAAGCGAGUGCGUUCUUUUCCGCGGGGUUAGAUCCGUGUGGGCUCAAGGGUCGGAGGCGCCCCCCGAGUAUGAGCUGUGGGUGGACUUCAGAGCGCAGCGCAAUGUCAAGUUAGGAGAAUUGGCAGCGACUUCACUGCUGCAGCCUCCGAAGGUCAAGGAAGACUUGCUCAACUUGGCGAAAGGCCUACAGCAAAAAUUCGACAGCAUCGGUGUUGAGCUUCCGAAGGGAAAGCUGAUAAGUGGUGUCAUGGUCGAUAAGCAGUUCGUGCAGGAGGCUCUCCAUCGGCAAGCAAUUCAGUUAGCUGCUGAUACCGACUCACUAGCGAUGGAGGCUGCCGAUGUAGCAACGUCGACUGACCACUGCCUGCAGAACUUGGAGGAGCUCACGGAGCGUUUGAAGAAGAUUGUCCUUCAGGGAACAAAGGGUACUGCCUUGGAUCGACAGUCCUUAGCCACACAAGCUGGACAUUCUGCCCGAGUUUCGCAGCAUCCGAUCAGCCGAAUGGAUCACAGCUCCCGACGUGCUGUGUUGAUGGAGCGAAUAGCUCUCGCAGAGAAGCGUCGCGCCAGAGCAGAAGACGAAGCAAAGCUAGCAAGGCUUGAAACCAUGAACCGCCUUGCCGAGAUGCACCGGAAUGACCACCGGAGGCUGGGAGAUGCUUCAGGUAGCAGCAUGUCCAGCUGGAAAGCUGAGUUCGAGGCCUUCCUUUGCAAGCAGCGGGCACAUGCUGACAAGCUAGCUAGAGAAACCCAGAACGAGACGACAACGAAGUUGGCAGAAUCGCUGGCAUCAGCUACAUCGGCUGUCGAAGCAAGCACCCCGGACGCACGCAAGUAUAUGCAGACCCUGCUCAACUUGACACGGGCAUUGGCUGCUCUGGACGCCGUCCGUGAGAUGCAGGUCCCAGUGUACACUGCCAGUUCAGACCCUACUGUAGGCCCCAGGCAGAGCGCUGUGGAAGAAUCUCGUCACAUCUGUCUCAGACUUCGCCGCUUGCACGCUUCUUCGCGUGCGUCUCGCUGA